CGAGCUGCUACCGCCUUGGCCAUCCAGGCCCCGUCGGUAGUCCCUCUCCCAGCUAACUUGACCACCUCCUCUUCAACUGUCUCUCACUUUUUUUUUGUGCCAACCUACCCCCUGCGUUGAUUUCCCCCCCUCCCUCUUGUGGCGCAUAGUGUUGGAAUAUCUCAGAAAGGAGGUUCGCUCCUCCUGAGCUAUACCCAUCAUGGCUGACAACGCACGACACCCCAAUCUCAAUCUGACCCCCGAGGAAAAGCGUGUCUUCUACCAGCUCUUUCAGGCCGCUGAUACCACUAACCUGGGUGUCAUCACUGGCGAGGUUGCCGUGCCUUUCUUCGAAAAGACCCAAUUGGCUCCGGAAACCCUCGGCUUGAUAUGGCAGAUCGCGGAUAAGGAGAACAGGGGUCUAUUGACCCCUUCCGGGUUUGGCGUCGUUCUCCGCUUGAUCGGACACGCUCAAGCGGGUCGCGCACCGACAGAGGAACUGGCUUACCAACCCGGUCCCCUGCCGCAAUUCGAUGGCAUCUCCGUUGAUGCCGCCGCCCCUGGUCCACCUACUCCGCGCGAGGCAGGCACCACCAGCCCUACCCCCGCAGCAGGCGGCCCUAUUCGUGUUCCUCCGUUGAACCCCGAGGACGUGAACAAAUUCCUAUCGCUGUUCGAUAAAUCAGAUGUUGCUAAGACCGGCGUCCUUUCAGGGGAAACAGCUAAGCAGAUCUUCGAGCGUGCACGGUUGCCGAACGAAAUUCUCGGCCGCAUCUGGAACUUAGCAGAUGUAAGGCAACAGGGCGUGCUUGAUGCGACGGAGUUCGUCAUUGCGAUGCAUCUUCUCACUUCGUACAAAUCAGGCGUAAUGAGGGGAAUUCCGCAAACUUUGCCUCCGGGCCUGUAUGAUGCAGCUUCGCGAAGAGGAUCGGUUCGUUCAUCGGUUGGCUCACGUCAGGGCUUGGAUGUUCCCCCUGUCCCUGCUAUUCCAAAACAGUUCACUGGGCCGCAGCGGACUCAGAGCCCGAUCAAUCGGCCCUUCGGAUCGCCUCUAGCUCCUCAGUCUACUGGCGGGGAUUGGCUGGUUUCGCCCCAAGAAAAAGCGAUGUUUGACAAUAUCUUUGCAACUGUCGACACCGCUAAGGUAGGAUCUGUAAGUGGUGACCAGGCCGUUGCGUUCUUCAUGGGGGCACAACUGCCAGAGGAGACCCUUGCCCAGAUCUGGGAUCUUGCAGAUAUCGAUGCCGAUGGACGUUUGACGAAGGAUGAGUUUGCCGUAGCCAUGUAUCUGGUUCGGCAGCAGCGGACUGGAAAGAACCCAUUGCCACAGACCUUACCCCCGGCUCUGAUUCCUCCCAGCAUGCGUCGCCCUGGAUCUGCUCACAUCGCUCCACCAGUUGCUGCUCCCGCACCAGUCCCUGCACCAGCUCCCGCCCCUGCUCCUAAGUCGGCGGCGGAUGACUUGUUUGGUCUGGACGCUUUCACAGCGCCUGCACCUCCUAUUGCUCCUUCUCAGGUGCCGCAGUCCACGGGCGGUUCGAACGCAGCUUUCCAGACACCGAGCUCUCCCGGAUCCCGAACUUCCCCGCCAACAGCUUCGUCAUCGUUCAAGCCAUUUGUGCCCACGUCCACGUUUGGCCAAAGCUUGCAGCCACAGAUGACUGGUGCCUCCGCCGGUGCAGCGCCAACUAUCCGGUCACCACCGCCGCCUGCCGAUGAUCUGUUGGGCGACAAUGAUCCCGAGGAGUCCAAAAAGCUGACACAGGAGACUACAGAGCUCGCCAACCUGUCUAACCAGAUUGGUUCUCUCGCCAAUGAGAUGCAGAAUGUUCAGUCGAAGCGAACGUCAGCCGAGCGGGACCUGUCCCAAACCUCCCAGCAGAAGCGUGACUUUGAGGCUCGCCUUGCGCAGGCUAGGACAAUGUAUGAGCAGGAGGUCAAGAACUUCAAAGCUCUUGAGGAACGGUUGAAUGCCUCGAGAGCCGAAACAAACAAAUUGCAACAGGAGUUUGCUCUUCUAGAGGGCAGCCGGCAGGAUCUACAAAAUCAAUACAAUCAGGUGUCGGCUGCCCUGGCUGCUGACCAGCAAGAGAAUGCGAACUUGAAGGAAAAGAUCCGUGAAGCCAACGCUGCGGUUGCUCAGCUCAAGCCUGCCUUAGACAAGGCACGCUCGAGUGCCCGUCAGCAGAAAGGUCUUGUAGCGAUCAACAAGAAGCAGCUUGCAACUGUGGAAGGCGAGAGAGAUAAGAUCAAGGAGGAGAUUGACACUCUUUCACUGGAGCAGUCUAGAGAACCUGAGGAGGCUGCUGCCGUCGCAAGCGAGGCUGCUGCUGUUACAAGCCCCGCUGAAUCUACAGCAAGCCAGAACACCAACCCGUUCUUCAAGCGCACGGCCACUGGUUCCAGCGACAACAACGCGCUGUCACCCCAGAUCUCGAAUGACCAGCAGCGUGCGUUUGACAGCCUCUUUGGCACCUCCUUCGUGUCUCCUGCUACGGCUGCCACUCCUCCCCCGCCCGUCUCUUUCCGGGCCGAGUCGCAGCCGACCUCGGGCAUUCCGACCCCUUCAGUGUCUCCACCCCCUUCUGUUGGUGCUGCUGCUGCGUUCGAGCCACCUGCGCUCUCGCAAUCAAGGCAACUCACACCAAACGUGCUGCCGUUCGGCGAAGAUCACUCGGUUACCUCUUCCACCCGAGUCUCGCCUCCUGGUAGCAGGUUUGGUGGUCCAGACACGGCUAGUGAAGUAGCGGCCUUCACCCCAACAGAGCAAGCCAAGGCCGUGGCUUCGCCUUUUGACGAGUUUGACGAGCCGAAGGAACGCUUUCCUGAAGUGCCUGACGUCGCUGAUCAUACUCCCGCGAGUGGCGAUUCAGCCACGUCUGCCGAGAAUCCUACAGAAAAGAAGGAUCUUAGCUUCGAUGAGCUAUUUGGCGGGCCAGCUCAUAAACGAUCUCAGUCUCAGAACAAGAAUGAUUUCGAGGAGGCUUUUGCUGCUAUGAAGAAUGGUCCCGGGCCAAGCAAGCCCAAUGGUGCAGCACCUGUCGCUCAGUCUGAAUUCCCUCCGAUCCGUGAAUUCGAUGACGGGGACGAAAGCUCAGACAGCGAAGCACCCUUGGGCUUUGAGGACGAUUUCGCCCCCGCCUUCCCCCCUCAGAGCCAGGUAGGAGGAGAACCUAAGCCUGAUACCCUUGAAACACCUCAACCAGCAGCUUUCCCUUUGCCGGGCGCUGCCGCCACUCCCAGUGAACCUCCUGCUGCGGAGGCUCAGCGCAGCCCCCCGAACUACGAAGAGACCGUAGGAAAGCAAGAGCCAGGAAGUAUACCUCCCGAGUUCAACGGGCUAUUGCCGAGCCGCGAGGACCCGACAACUGCUGCUGAUGCACCUCACUCAGUGGAGACAAGCACGGGCGCCCCGAUCGUCGGGGGAGAGCCCCAGCGCGAUCACCAUGAGGAAACUAAGGCCGCCCCUCAAGAAGCCAAGCCCAAUGCUCCUGAUUUUGAGGCUGCAUUUGCAGGACUUGACCUGGCUCCUGCCAAGGAGGCAGAGGACGACGAUGACGACCUUGAGACUGUAGAGAACAAAGAUAACAUGGACUUCGAUUUCUCCUUCGAUAACCCGGCCCAGAAGACGUUGCAGGAUCCUGCUGCCUCCUCUUCAGAAUUCUUUGAUUUCAACAAGGAUGCCACUGCCUCAUCUCCGGGCUUUGCCGCGUCUCACCCUGACGCAAAUUCCCAGGCGCAGACGCACAACUGGGAAGAGCUCUUUGCCCCUCUUGACAAUGCCAAAGCAUCAGCAAGCGGGGCCAACGGUUCCAGCACCGCGAAUGAUUCUGCCCAAGCAAACAAGCCACCAGGAUGGGCUCUUCAGACCGGUACCGAGGAUGACCAGAUCCUCCAACGCCUGACCAACAUGGGCUUCCCCCGCGAAGAAUCUCUCGCUGCUCUCGAACAAUUCGACUAUAAUAUUGACAAGGCUGUCGAUCACCUGACCUCCAAAGCUUAACGCUCUCUCAACAUUUCCACUCAGAAUGAUGGAUCCCUCCCAGUGCACAUAGUCUCGACUCUCUUGUCCUUAGCCGUCCAUUCGCUCCACACGUCAAUUUUCCUUA